AUGGGUGGUGAGCGGGAAUUUGAGAUGUAUUCGGAAGUAAUGAGAUUGAUCGUAUGCGUUUGUUUGUCACCCGUGGAAGGGAAAUGUAGAGAUGAGCUUCCCAAGCAAAGCAAAACAGUAGCUAUAAAACGCAUCUCUCAAAGGUCAGAUGAGCAAGGUAAAGAAGGGUUUUUCAGGGAGAUUGAAUUGCUUACUAGUUGUAAGCAUUCAAACAUAGUCUCUCUUCUUGGGUUCUCUAGUGAAGAUAACGAAAUGAUUCUUGUAUCUGAGUAUGCUCCUAAUGGAAGCCUUAGUAAGUAUUUAGGAAGCACAGAGAAACAGAUUAAUUUUACUUGGUCGCAAAGAAUACAAAUUUGUCUUGAUGUUGCAAAUGGAAUUAAUUACCUUCACACUAACAUGGAGGGUAAACCAAGGAUAUUACAUCGAGAUAUAAAGAGCGAUAACAUUUUGUUGUAUGAGAAACUGAAAGCAAAAAUCACUGACUUUGGGCUCUCCAAAUUUCACCCUAGAAAUCAACGAAUGAGCACUAUGUAUACUAAAAAUGUUGCUGGCACACAAGUGUACAUAGAUCCUGAAUAUCUCACUACAGGUAAAUAUAAAAGAGAAUCAGAUAUAUACUCAUUCGGAGUAGUUUUAUUUGAGGUUCUAUCUGGAAGAUUAGCCUAUGAUUCAGUUUACAUGAGGGAAGAUGACAACGGACUUGCAUCUAUUGCGCGACGACGUUUCAACGAGGGAAAAGUAAAGGAAUUGAUAGAUCCUCACAUUAGAGAAGAAGAUGAUGAGCAAACUUUUACUCUAAAUAGAGGGCCAAAUCAAGAAUCAUUUGAUACGUUUUCAAAAGUCGCAUAUCAAUGUUUGGCAGAAAGUCAAGCCAAACGUCCAACAAUGGAGACUGUCAUUAAGAGACUAGAGGAUGCAUUAAAAGUUCAAGGCGAAACCAUGGUACUCUCAAGGUUUCGAUUUAAUGACAUAGCAUUUGCUACCGAGAAUUUUUCAAGAAAAUAUUGUAGUGGCUUAGAUUCAAAUGGUAUGGUGUAUAAAGCAGUACUCAAUCAUUUUGAUAACAAAAGUUUGUUGGCGAAAGAAGGAAAGAAUAGUGGUGAACCACCAAAGAGAUGCAUUAGUGUAGCUAUAAAACGUAUCUUUAGUACAAUACACCGUAACAGAGAAGGGUUCAUUGAAGAAAUUGAAAUGCAUACUAGUUAUAAGCACCCCAACAUAGUUCCUCUUAUCGGCUUUUGUGAUGAAGGUAAUAAUAAGAUCCUUGUCUACGAGCAUGGGUCUAACGGAAGCCUCCAGGACUACUUGAGAGGCGCUGAUAAGAUGGGUAAGUAUACGUGGACGCAACGUCUACAUAUGUGCCUUGAGAUUGCACGUGGACUCAACCAGCUACAUACUAUGAUGGACCACAAGGGAGGAAUGAUAGACGUUGACAUUAUGAGUGCCAACAUUUUGCUAGGACAAAAUUCGGAGGCAAAGAUUGCUUAUUCUGGGAUCUCAAAAUUACUCCCAAUAAAUAAAGAGGAAAGCGCCCACGUCUCCACUGUAAGCACAAAUGUGUAUCAUGACCCAGAGUAUGAAAAGACAGGUGAGUUGAAAAAAGGAUCAGACAUCUACUCUUUUGGAGUGGUUCUGUUUGAGAUAUUUUGUGGAAGGUUGGCAUACGAUCCAGCCUACAUAGUUGAAAAUGACAUUGGGCUUGCACCCGUUGCUCGUCGAUAUGUCAAUGAUGGAACAAUAAAGAAAAUUAUAGAUCCUGCUCUAAAAGAAGAAACUGAUGAAGACAUAUUAACUUCGCAGAGAGUACCUAUUCAAGAUUCGCUGGACACAUUUAUAAGAAUAGCAUAUCAAUGUUUGGCUGAAACUCGUGCAGAACGUCCAACCAUGAAAAUGGUCAUCAAAGAACUCGAGACAGCACUUUACAUUCAAGAAAACCUCGUGAAAACCCUCCAAGUUUCACUUAAAGACAUUGAGGUGGCCACAAAAAAGUUUAGUCAAAGAAAUUGUGUUGGAAGUGCAAGAUAUUGGAAUAUGUAUAAAGGAGAAUUUCCACAUGUUGGUGUUGAUGCUAAGGCCAAUGGCUGCACCACCAUUGUCGCAAAGCGGUGGGAUAGCUUGUCUAGCCAAGGACGUCAACAAUUUCGGACAGAACUUAAUAUUAUUCUCAAGCAUAAGCAUGAAAAUAUUGUUGGGCUGGUAGGCUAUUGUACCGAAAAGGAUGAAAGGAUCAUUGUUUAUGAGCAUGCGUCUUACGGUAGUCUUGAUAUGCAUUUGGAUGAUGCUAGUCUAACAUGGAAGAAAAGGCUCAUGAUAUGCAUCGAUGUUGCAAAUGGUUUGGAAUUCCUCCAUGGAGAUGUCGUAACGCCAAAGAAAGUGGUUCAUAGGAACAUCCAAAGUCAUGCCAUUCUACUACAUGAUGACUGGAAGGCGAAAAUUUCUAAUUUGGAGUUGUGUUCAUUAGAGUCAUUACCGCAUGACAUGGAACAUGUCAGCAAUAAUGAUUAUGGUGCAUUUGGCUAUCGUCACCCAGAGGACAAACAAGAUUUCUUAACUGAUAUCUAUUCACUUGGUGUGGUUCUAUUUGAGAUCUUGUGCGGAAGAUCGGCUUGGGUAGAGGACUGCAAGGAUCAUUCUGAAACUUUAGGUCCAUUAGCUAAAAACAAAUAUCAAGAAGGAAAUAUAGAUGAGAUGGUGUUUGAUGGUAUAAAGGAACAAAUUGGUCCGAAUUCAUUGGCUGCAUUUGCAGAAAUUGCCUAUAAAUGCUUAAAUGACAAAAGAGAAGAAAGGCCAAUGGCAGGCGAUGUAGUAUUACAACUCAAGAGAGCCCUGGAUGUCCAAGAAGAUUAUGAAAUAUGGGAGGCCGAACUGCCUAAAGACUACAAAGAAAUAGUUCAGAUGUCAGAAACCCCCGAGAUCUAUUCUACCAUGAAGAGAAAGGAUCUUUAUGACAUGCUCUCCAAAGGAAUCUUGAUUGCUGAUGGCAAAGUGGUACUUACCAUGAUCUUAUAUCUCAUUUUCUCUAUUUUGGCUUGCAAAUGUUUAUACAUGAUACUGAUAAUAGAAACUGUGUUUGUUUGUUUGGUAACAGUGUUUCUCACUUGGAAGUAA